AUGGCAUGUAAACCCUGCUCACCGAGGCUGUGGCUUCCCCUGGGUCAGGGCCAGGCGCUCUUUCAGACGGACGAAGACAUUUUCGGCAAAGCGGCAGCAGACUGUCCGCAUAUUGUCGGCGCCGAGGCAGUAGACGUAGCAGCCUCAAACAAAGUAGUCUGGCCAAGCUUUCUGCAUCUCCACUUUCCACUGCUUCCACACUUUGCUGCCCAGUCUACCGGAUUCAACGCCUACGGCAUCCGACAUCUCACACUCUCAACCUGUUUCCAGUCCGACUAUGAUGUUUCCCACAUGGAGGAGGACCUGGAGGAACUCUGUGCCAGAAGUAUUCUCCCCUUUCUCUCCUCAUUCUGCUUCUGCCCUGCCGGUGACAGCGGUGGCGGAGUAGCACUCACAGCUUUGGAUAUUUCUGCUGAGUUGGCGUUCGGUCUGUGCUCUGCUCUGGCGAACUGUUCUGCAGAUAAGAGCUUGGCUACCGUCCAGGAGCUGAGCAUUGGGAAUCAGACAGGGCUUGGUAUACACGGCUACCGUCUGCCAGCAUACCUGCCGCCUGUGCGCAGUCUGGCGCGGUUGCUUCGCCUAUUCCCAGCCCUAACAUGUAUGCGUCUAUAUUGCAAGCGGUUGAUUCGGUGCGCCAGCAUGGAGGAAAUAAUGCGUAGCUAUGCCGGCGCCCACCUCCAACGUCUCUUCGUGUGUACGCGCUUUGGCGGCCGAUUUUUGCCGGCUUUGCCGCCCAAUCAAAUCAGCGCCCCCCUUCUAGACGUAUUAGCACUCUACUACGGCAGUCCCAUAAUAUCUGAUGAUGAGAAAGAGGGUCGAGAGGACACUGACGAGAAGCAAAAUGAGAAUAAGGAUGGGGAAGAGGAUGAGAAGGACGCGGAAGGGGAAAUAGUUGGACCCCACAAUAGAGGAGAACAGCAGGAUGGUGGGAAAAAGGAAGACGAAGGGAUUUGGGCAAACAACGGGGCGCGGAGAGAAGCGGCUGAGUUUCCGGUCCUCCCUACUGGCGUCCGUGUGCGGCACCUAGCAAUCGCACUCAGCAAGGAAAAACUUCCCGACAAGGCCUGUCUGGAUCAGUUCUUUCAAUCGAUUCCCUGUCUGGAGUGGUUUGUGGUGAUUGUUCACGAUGACGACAAAACUCUUUUUUGGCAUCGGGAAACGGCGGGUCCAGAGGCGGAGGAGAAUAGACGUCAAAAAAAGCUAAACGAAACCAAAACAUUCAUCGAACGGACGACUGCAGUGCUUGCGCUGAAUGAAGCCCAUCCUGAGCUAUUCGGUGUGUUUUGGAGGGAACUGAUUGACAUUAAUGUUCUUUCACUGUCGUAG